UCAAGUUCACAAGACUUUUUCCUUUUGGAAACAACAAGUAUAUGUAUACAUAUUCAUUCUUAGAAGCUAAGUUCCACAAGAAUAUUGUCUUGUGUCUUGUGGAAGGGAAGAAGAAGAAAAAUAAGAAACAAAACAGAGUAACAUAUUAUAGAUAGAGUUUUUUUAAAAAAAAAAAUGGUGAGAGCUCCUUGUUGUGAGAAAUUGGGACUUAAAAAAGGGCCAUGGACAGCUGAAGAAGAUGAAAUUUUGAUAUCUUAUAUCAAUAAGCAUGGUCAUAGCAACUGGCGUGCCCUUCCUAAGCUUGCUGGCCUUCUGCGAUGUGGGAAGAGUUGCAGACUUAGAUGGAUAAACUACUUGAGACCUGAUAUUAAAAGAGGAAAUUUCACACUAGAAGAACAGGAAAUCGUUCUUCACCUCCAUGAAAAGCUUGGCAAUAGGUGGUCAGCCAUUGCAGCACAGUUACCAGGACGAACGGAUAAUGAAAUUAAGAAUUUUUGGCACACUCAUUUGAAGAAACGGGUUUCGAAUAAACAAACCGGCCAUGUUCAUGCAAAAAAGAAGUCAGCCGAUUCUGCCGUUUUUGAACCCAAAUCCAAACCCCAGAAACUGGAUUGCUCUAACCAUUAUGAAAUCCCAUCUUUCUCCCUCGAUCAUUCACCAUUUACAGAUUCUCCAACCGGCUACAAGGUGAUAGAGAACGAACAAGACGUUGAAAUCUUUGAAGCAUUUCAUCAAACCUGUACUGGUGGGCAUUGGCCAGAGGAUCAUCAGCCGUUGACUGAGAAUUUUCAUGGGUCAUUAUUCAACUCGUCGGCGAUCAAUGAUAAUGAGGAACAAAUCCAACCACCGUACAGAGCCAUGGAUUCUGUUGAAUUUGGAUGUUAUUACAACAAUAGCACGAAAAUGGACGAUAAUAUGGAGUUUUGGUAUAGGGUUUUUGUUAAAGCUGGUGGGUCGCCAAAUGAUCCUGCAUUUUAAAUUUACGAGAACGAAAAAAAUCUGAAAAUAUUUAUCUUCCAUUUCCCUAAGAAACUGGUGAGGUGAGGAUUAGGAAUGUUUCUGUAGUGGAUGUUGGUGUAAAUUGUAAAUUAGAUAAGGAUUUGAGGGUAUUAUAGGAAAUUUUUAGAAGGAAAAAAAAAAGGCUUUUCUCCAUCUUUAAUAUUUUUUAGUUUAGUCUACGGUCAAUGGCAGAACUAUAUUUAAAGAAGAAGGAAAUGUCAUUAGAUCUAUGAAAAAACAAAGUGGAUAAAUUGGGUUUUAA